GUCGAGUAUGAGGUACGGUGCGCUAGUAGCGUUGACAUGAACGGUGGCAGAUUUGACUUUGAUGAUGGUGGUACUUACUGCGGGGGUUGGGAAGAAGGCAAAGCUCAUGGGCAUGGCGUUUGCACUGGUCCUCAAGGCAAGGGUGAAUAUGCUGGAGCUUGGCAUUAUGGUUUUGAGGUAUCUGGGGUUUAUACAUGGCCGUCUGGGAAUACUUACCAAGGUCAGUGGCAAAAUGGGAAACGCCAUGGGCUUGGAGUCGAGCAGCGUGGUCGUUGGAUAUAUAAAGGUGAGUGGACUCAAGGAUACAAAGGCAGAUAUGGACAUCGGUUGUCAAUGACUUCACAGGCUAAAUACCAGGGUACUUGGUCCGCAGGUUUUCAUGAUGGUUAUGGUACCGAAACUUAUGUCGACGGAGGUUCUUAUCAAGGACAAUGGUUACGUGGCAUGCGACAUGGAUAUGGUAUCCGGAAAAGUGCUCAACAUGGUGUGGCUGCUAAGUUUCGAUCUCGAUCACGUACCAAUGCAUCGCUAACUUCACUGAGGUCUGAGUAUGGUGAGGGUGAAGAGAAGGAGAAGAAGAAUUACGAUGAAACAAACGAAAGUCGAGGUGGCUUUGUGCUGAAAGCGUGUAGUAAAGCGCCUACCAGGCGUCGGUCUCUUUCGGAGCGUUCAUUGGCCGUCAAGCGAACGAUCCUAAGUGGUUUGCGAAUCAAAAAACAACAUUCAACCGGUGAUAUACACCAACAUGUCACUACCGGAAGUUUAAGGUCAAGCGGUAGCACAGUCAGCUGCACAUCGGACGAAUCGGAACACCGGCAAGGACGAGAGAAUUUGAUCGUGUCUCAAGAGGAUCAAAUUGAGCCGAAUACGACUGAAGUUUACAAGGGUGAAUGGAAAAAUGAUAAACGGUGUGGAUUCGGAAUUGGUGAACGAAGUGAUGGCCUGAAAUAUGAAGGGGAAUGGUUUAACAAUCGAAAAUGUGGCUAUGGGAUUACAACUUUUAAAGAUGGCCGGAAGGAAGAAGGGAAGUACAAAAAUAAUGUAUUAGUAUGCUCAAAUCGUAAGAAGGGAUUGCUGUUUGUGCGUUCAUCAAGACUGAAAGAACGUGUUGGAAAUGCUGUUGAAGCUGCCAAUCGUGCUGCCACUAUUGCUCAACAGAAGGCAGACAUAGCUGUAUCGCGAACAGCAACAGCUAAAGAACGCUCCGAGCAAGCCGAUUACAUAGCAUUGCAAGCUCGUGAAGAUGCCGAUACAGCUAGGAUGUGUGCGAAACAGUUUGCUCCAGAGUUUAGACAACCAGGUACAGAGGCGAUUCGAGUGCAGAUGAAUUGCUUGCAACAGCAACAUAGUGCUGGUACUACUACUAGCGCAAACCAUGUCUCUUUCGAUUCACCGCCCACUUCGAAAAGUUCCCAUGAAUCUCGUGACCUCUCCGAUGAACUUAUCAUUUUGAAUCCUCCUUCUUUACCGCUUGCCACACCCGAGAUCACUUACACACCGUCGCAACAAUCACAAACUCCAGGUGGUACAAUAUACCAACCUCAGCAGGUAAUGGUCAAUCUGGGUUCCUAUCAACAAGGAAUUAUGACUAACUCAGAUGCCGAUUACAUACCGUCAUCAUUGCAGCAACAUCAUCAGUCGUCCAAUCCCGGUGGUUAUCAAAGUAGUUCUGGAUUUCAGACUAACAGUGUAGCAUCAAUCUACCAGCAGCAGCAACAACAACACAGCGUUAAUUCAGUUGGUUAUGCGGGUUCACAGCAAACUUCCAUAUUUGGUCCAACUUCUUACCAAGUGUUGCCAAGCGUUUCUUCAUCACAUAAGGUUGCUGGCGGUUAUCAGCCCUCCACUCAACUCCCUGUUAUUUCGAGUACUGCUCUACCGGGUGUUCAGUUGCCCUACAUUUCUUCCUCGUCAUCGUAUCGUCCAAAUGCGGUGCCUCAUCAUAAUUUCAGUGUAACACAUCAGUAUCAGCAGAAACAGCAACAACAUCAGAAUAUUCUUGCAUCAUAUCCAGGUACAGGAUUUGCUAUACCAGAACAGCGGUCGUUCAUCUUCCAUUCCGAUAUUACAUCUUUAGAGCAAUCCAAUAACACGACUUCUAAUAUUACUGGUGAAUUACAACAGCGUCAGUUCACUAAUGGCACUACGGAUCCAUGUUCCAUUGAAAAUAUCAGUCCAGCUUCUUCUAGAAGUUUAUUACAGAAUACAAAUGCCGCUCAAAGCAGCUCACGAAUGUCUCUUAGUGAUGAUCACUACGAUCAGUACAUGAUGUUUGCAAAUACUAGCAGAAGUGGAUUAAUACAUAGGAAUAGGCCUUCACUCACGAGACAACCUUUUGCUGUGCAUGAUAUUUCGCAGAAUUUAUAUAGGCGGUCGACGUUGGCGACAGCUAGUGAUAAACGGUUAGAAGAUGUAGUGCGGCGAAGACGAGGUGGUGACGAUGAUGAUGAAUUCGAGGAGGUUGAAGGACGUGGUUCAUUACCAAAUCUCGUUGAACUUGAAGUAUCUGGGGUGCAUCUGAGGAGAGAGGAAGCGGCACGACUUGCUUCGCAACAGCGCCAAGAGUUGCAGCGCCUUCUUGAAGAAGAACAGUUAUUGCGCAGUAAUCCUCUCCGAUAUUUAUUUCACCCCACUUUUAGAGCGUGGAUAAUACGAUGGAAAAUGCCCCUCGUACUUUCAAUGGCGAAUAUUUUCCUGCUGAUGGUCUUCUAUAAUCUUCUCACUUACGAAAAACGAACGCGUGAACGUCGAUGACACAUACUGUGCUUGCGUGUCUUCUCGGAUUGGUGAUACAAUAAAAUGUUUUGAAUAUCGGUGAUAUACGGUGCUAACAGACCAAUGAUAUAUGAUUAUUGAAGUGAUUUUACUGACAGUGUAAUCGUUCCAGUGUACAUGCAUUCACGAUUUGGAAGAAUAUACGCUCGUUCAAAUGCUUCAUUUCAGGAGGUGAUAUCAGGUACACCUGGCACUUUUCUUUGUAAAAUAAUACAACUUUGUGAACAAACUUGGGAAAAGAAAGCGAAAAUCACCGCUAUAUGGUUAUUGCUUUCUAAUGAUAAAC